AAUCACAGAUUUAUCUCAUUUUAAGAUUACUGUUGAAAUACCGUUUUGUUUUGUUUUUUUAAUUAUAUCUUAUUUGGAAUGGACAAGAAAAAUCCAUCAACCUAGCAAUAUAUGAAUAACAUGAAAACAGAGUCCCUCCAGGUUUUUAGAGUUAAGUCCAGGACAGCAAAUGAUAUGAUAUUCAAUGACUCAUAUAACAUAAGGAUAGAACACAUUAUAUGGAGAAAAGUCUGCAAACUUUGUGUCAUCAUAUUGAAAUUAUAACAUAGUUUAACUUAAAAGUAUUCAGAAGUAAUUUCAGCUUGGUGGAAUGAUGUUGUUAUGUCCGCUCAGUCAUAGAAACAGGUUUCAGCGCAGAGUUGCAUUCAUGACUGCGACAUCAGAAUAUCUCUCCUUUUAUCUUGGGGUGACUGUGUGAGCAUGUACUCGUCUCCUUGAAACAAAUUGUCAGUUUCAAAAGAAACAACAAAAACUGAAAAUCAAGUAGGAAAACCCUACAUUUAUAAAAUUCACACAGUACUCUAGAGGGCAUUUUUUGGUAGUGUUCUAAUGUCCUAUUUUCUGGAAGGGAGCAUGAGGUUGCUUCCGUUUCCUCAGUCCUGUCACAUUAACCCCCCAAAAAAUGCAGCCCAAACAGCUGAUAAGUUUACACACUGUUGGGGUUCUUUUUAUCCAAGGCAAGAGAGGGUCUCAGUCCCAAUCCAAAUUUUCACUCAUUUACUGCCUCAAGCAGUUAAAAAAAAAAUUAUGUAUAAAAAAAACACAGUCUGCAGGAGUUUGCUGUAGCCAAUUUCCGGAAGACACGUAGCCCUAAUUUGGCAGUAAAAAAAUAUAUAAACAAGAAUGUGCUUCUCUCUGAUUGGUCAAAAAACCAUUGGGGAGGGCCAUAGUUUAGACUUAAGCCCCCUGUAUUGGCGCACAGGUUGAUCCUAACCUCUUGGCGCUCUUCUUCUACUCCAUUGGGUGCAGCUUCACUGUCUGACUAUCUCUUCUUACGCACACACACACACACACACUGGCUUGCCUCUCCUUUACAUGUUAUCUAGUUUCGUACAGCAGAGGCAUAUGCCUGAGGCAGCUGUUGAGAGCUAUCGAGCUAUUGUUUGUUUGACCUCAUCCUGGUUCACUCCCACAUUCCUGCAGACAGGAAGUUUUAGGUAGUGAACUGUUGGUGCACAUUUGCAUUAGCAGAAGUAGACAAUGAAAGUAGGAAAUACCCGCAAACUGGCAUUUCUCGUUAUACAACGUCAACAAAUGCAAAUGAAUAAUGCUUUGUGAACAGACCAGUUUCUGUCUUCAGAACAGUGUGUAUGUCUAUUAACUCUCAACAACGUUCCUGCAUAUGAGUUGUUUAGAAGUCAUCAAUACAUUUUAGCUACAGAUAAUAAUGUGGAUUAUACAGUGAUACAUUCACAUUAUGCCAUAACAUUGUGAUACCUAGACUGUCUCUUAAAUGGCUGUUUACAAACUGACAUGGAGCAGUGUAAUACUUAAUGUUGCUCUUAACUUCUUAAUAUAAUACUUAGAUAAAGGAUCUUGUUCCUCGAACCAGUAAUCAUACAGGUGUGUAUUGGUGUUACGCAAGAGCCUUCCAAGCUGGUCAAAAGUUAAAUAAUAGACAAUUAAUGUGAGCACCCUACAGCAACUUUCAGUCAAAAAAGUUGAUAUUUAUAUGUAUCACAAAAUUGGAAAUAUAUAUAUUUUUGUACACACGUGUAAUUUAGUUACACUCAAGAUCAGAAAAGGCAAACAGGUAUUCACGAAGCCUUAGGACGGUUAGGAGUCUUUCGCAGGCAAAACAAAGGUGUGGAGAAAAAAAAGGUGUGGCUGCCUCACAGGUAAGAGACGUCACACAAUGCCAUGGUUACUCGCUCAGCCUUAGAACAGUCAUAGGAUGGGCUGUUAAUCCCUGGAAAGCUUUAACAGUGCUUGGUGUCUGCUCUAGUCUGUCCCUGUGAAACAAAAUGCCAGCGUUGACAUGAAUUUUUCAGCAAAACAACAUCUCCUCAGUUUUUUCUUUGUAUAACUGGACAAGGGGAAAAGCUUACAUUUUUAGAAAACUGAAUGUUAACAUCCAAUGAAGCCAAGAAAUGGUGGAAGGUGCGAAACCAGCAGAGGAUGGGAGGUGGUGCAAGUUUUCCCGGAACAAGUAUUUCGUCUUUAUUCUGGUAUUUGCAGGUCUGUUCCUGAUUUACAACAGAAAUACAAUAAUGCCAGAUGGAAACCCAAAAAAGUGGAUGCAAAAUCCAUCAGCAAAUUUGUUGAAUUUCUUCAGUGGUCAGAGACUAAACAUAUCUUCACUAAACACUACAACUAAUGACAACUCCACUUCUCAAAAUACAACUGUACCACCAACACCUGUUCCUUACGUGUCUCCUGGACCAUAUUUAGUUGAAUACCCCCAUGACUACCAGUACAUCAUAAAUGAGCCACAGAAAUGUGAACAGGAGAACCCAUUUGUGGUUCUGAUCGUUCCUGUGGCCCCAAACAAUAGACAACACCGUGACAUCAUCCGCAAAACCUGGGGGAGUGAAAGUCUUGUCCAGGACAAAGUGGUGAGGCUGUUCUUUUUACUGGGGCUGCACACUGGGGAGGAGGUGGAGCAGGUCCAACAGCAAGUACUUCAGGAGAGCAAAGAGUAUCACGACCUGAUCCAGAGCAACUUUGUGGACUGCUACAAGAAUCUCACCAUUAAGACCAUGGUGAUGCUGGAGUGGCUAACUGCACACUGCUCCAGCCCCUCUUAUGCUAUGAAGAUUGAUUCAGACAUGUUUCUGAAUGUACAUAAUCUGGUCAGUAUGCUCUUGAAUGCUCAAAAAGCAAACUAUAUGACUGGGCUUGUGGCAAGUGGCGGUACAGUACUGCGAGAUCCAAGCUCUAAGUGGUACCUACCUCAUGACAUUUAUGCUCCGCCACAGUACCCCCGCUAUGCUCUGGGCCUGGGCUACAUUUUGUCUUUAGACCUCCCAAAAAAGCUCGUUGAGGCAUCCAGACAUGUUAAAGCAGUUUACAUUGAGGAUGUGUAUUUAGGGUUGUUAAUGCAGCACCUGGGCAUUCCUCCCACUGACUCCCCAAACUGGGGUUACUUCCAUGUAUUUCCUUUGCCAUAUAAUCGAUGUGCCUUCUCCAGGAUAGUAGCCACCACAACUGAUCCAAACACUAACCGUGAGCAGAUUUGGAAUGACUUUAAAAACCCAGGCCCAUACUGCUAACCAUAAACUGAAAAAAUAAAAUAAAAAUGCAACAUGAAACAACAGGGCAGACUUUCCAUGACUCUUUAAAAAAAUAUGUAUUUUUAUAUUCACAUAUAGGCUAUUAUGAUACUCAUGUAAAAUCCCCUAAUCUCAAAUUUUAUUGAAACUGAACUAGUAUUGUUCCACUGUAUAUUUAAACUACACAGUUUAUGUAGUUUAUUAUUUAAAGAGUGACAUUUUACAUAUCUGAGUCUUUGUUAAUCAAGUUUAAAAACUGUCAAAGUGAAAACGUGCAGUCACACCCGUUCUUAACACUACAAAACAUGCAGUCACACCCGUUCUUAACACUACAAAACAUGAUCCCUGACUGUGUUCUCAAGUUACAGUCCUCUCUGUGUUCACAGUUUCUGGGAAAUGCAAGGUACACAGAAACAGAUAUCCUUAAGCAUAUUGACCUUACAGUGUAUUAAAUGGAUAUUUUGCAAAGGGUCAGUGUAUGAUAGAAUUUAUUUCUCACUGCGAUUAAGAAGUUGAGAAUUUUCCAAGGUGCAUGAAUAACAUUAUAAACAACCUCUAUCUUUGACGUCUGUUGCAUAUGUCCUAUCAAACGGUACCCAUGCAUCAAUUAUGGGAAUAUACAUAACAUAGGGAGUGAAAUAUAUUUAUCCCUGUGGCCCUAAUUUUUAAUUACUUUUUAAACUUUAGUGUAGAAAAUUAUUUCAAACAUGAGAUUUCUGUUGAUGUGUGUAGAAAAUAGUUUAAGGCUUGAAGGACGUUCUUCUUGCUUUACUCCUUCUGUUCAUGUUCUAGGCCUCAUCUUUACUUACCAUACUGUAUAUAUAGAGGAAGUGAUGUCUUCCAAAAAUCCCCCUUUUUUAACUCCUGUCUGAAUGUUUCUUGCAUUAAAAGACAGGCUAAUAUCAACCAGGUCACCACUGACAUAUCUAGAGUUUUUGUUUUAAAGAUUUUGUUUUAUGUUUAAUAAAUAAACUGUCAGAAACUCCACUUACAUUUUUAUGAACUUUUGGAUAUUUAGUGAUACGAAUAUGAUAAAACAUUAAAAAACGACUGCUGCCUACACUUACCUUGGAUGUUUUGAAAUGUUUUUUGCACCUGGGCUAAAGACCGCUUGUGGUUCUGUACAGUAAAUACAAUUUUUUUUGUCAAAAGUAUUUUUAUUGAAUUAUAAUAUAUAAUUAGAAUAUAACUUUAACAGGUACAUUAUGAAUACAUUCCAUGUGUAAAUAUGGUUUUAUUAUUAUUAUUAUUUUUAAAGGUUACAGGGCAAUAUUAGUUUAAAGUAACUUCUAUGAAAACAGGGUUUUUUCUGUUAUUACCACUUAGACCAGGGCUGGGCAGUUCCAGGCCUCGAGGGCCGGUGUCCUGCAGGUUUUAGAUCUCACCUUGGGUCAACACACCUGAAUCACAUCAUUAGUUCAUUACCAGGCCUCUGGAGAACUG